GCUCUUUGUGACCGUUGGGUGGGGUCAGCCUCUAAGGAUCUACUUGGAAAUUCUUAAGCCCUAUUUCCUUUACAACUUGUUAGAUAAGGAUAGCUUUUGGCUUUGUUCGCAAGGUUUAGCUUUGUCUGCUCCAAAUCCUUGAGCCCGGCCGCGGCCGAAGCCGCAGUGCGGGUUCAGGAGUCCAGCCAGAAUUGCGUCCAGGGCACAGCAGAACGAACAAAGGCGGCGCAGAGGGAGUUUUUGUUAUCCGAGCCCUUCCGAGCCUCAAGCAGCCCAUCUGCCGGUGAUGAAAGGGUCUGGGACAGGGAAGGCGAUCUUGGCGUCGCCCGCUCAGCCCUCCUUGUCGUGAGUGCAUCUCCAUCCACGUUGGCCAAGCUGGUGUCCAGAUCGGCAAUGCCUGCUGGGAGCUCUACUGCCUGGAACACGGCAUCCAGCCCGAUGGCCAGAUGCCGAGUGACAAGACCAUUGGGGGAGGAGAUGACUCCUUCAACACCUUCUUCAGUGAGACAGGCGCUGGCAAGCAUGUGCCCAGGGCAGUGUUUGUAGACCUGGAACCCACAGUCAUUGAUGAAGUUCGCACUGGCACCUACCGCCAGCUCUUCCACCCUGAGCAGCUCAUCACAGGCAAGGAAGAUGCUGCCAAUAACUAUGCCCGAGGUCACUACACCAUUGGCAAGGAGAUCAUUGACCUCGUCUUGGACCGAAUUCGGAAACUGGCUGACCAGUGCACAGGUCUUCAGGGCUUCUUGGUUUUCCACAGCUUUGGCGGGGGAACGGGUUCUGGGUUCACCUCCCUGCUGAUGGAACGUCUCUCUGUCGAUUAUGGCAAGAAGUCCAAGCUGGAGUUCUCCAUUUACCCAGCCCCCCAGGUUUCCACAGCUGUAGUUGAGCCCUACAACUCCAUCCUCACCACCCACACCACCCUGGAGCACUCUGAUUGUGCCUUCAUGGUAGACAAUGAGGCCAUCUAUGACAUCUGUCGUAGAAACCUCGAUAUUGAACGCCCAACCUACACUAACCUGAAUAGGUUGAUAGGUCAGAUUGUGUCCUCCAUCACUGCUUCCCUGAGGUUUGAUGGGGCCCUGAAUGUUGAUCUGACAGAAUUCCAGACCAACCUGGUGCCCUAUCCCCGCAUCCAUUUCCCUCUGGCCACAUAUGCCCCUGUCAUCUCUGCUGAGAAAGCCUACCAUGAACAGCUUUCUGUAGCAGAGAUCACCAAUGCUUGCUUUGAGCCAGCCAACCAGAUGGUGAAAUGUGACCCUCGCCAUGGUAAAUACAUGGCCUGCUGCCUGUUGUACCGUGGUGACGUGGUUCCCAAAGACGUCAAUGCCGCCAUCGCCACCAUCAAGACCAAGCGUACCAUCCAGUUUGUGGACUGGUGCCCCACUGGCUUCAAGGUUGGCAUUAAUUACCAGCCCCCCACUGUGGUCCCCGGUGGAGACCUGGCCAAAGUACAGCGGGCAGUGUGCAUGCUGAGCAACACCACAGCCAUCGCUGAGGCCUGGGCUCGCCUGGACCACAAGUUUGACCUGAUGUAUGCCAAGCGUGCCUUUGUUCACUGGUACGUGGGUGAGGGCAUGGAGGAAGGAGAGUUUUCUGAGGCCCGUGAGGACAUGGCUGCCCUUGAGAAGGAUUACGAGGAGGUUGGUGUGGAUUCUGUUGAAGGAGAGGGAGAGGAAGAAGGCGAGGAAUACUAAAGUUAAAAUGUCACAAAGGUGCUGCUUUUACAGGGAAGCUUAUUCUGUUUUAAACAUUGAAAAGUUGUGGUCUGAUCAGUUAAUUUGUAUGUAGCAGUGAAUACUCUCAUAUACAAUUACUGACCUAUGCUUUAAAACACGACGCUUUGUUACAGACCCAAGUUAUUCAUUUCUCUGGGUUUGAAUAAAGUAUUCCCUGUCUUAAAUGA